AUGGAGAACCUUACCUAUUCUCCGACAGAGUUUAUUUUGGAUUGCUUGAACCAUUCAGAACAGCGGAGCUUCAUAACUGCAGUAGUUUUCUUAAUUUACCUGGUAACUCUUGUGGGAAAUGUGCUGGUGAUUCUAGUAAUCAUGCUAGACCACCAACUACAAUCACCUAUGUAUUUCUACAUUGGCAUCCUCGCAUGUAUCGACCUGACUUGUAGCACCAACAUCAUCCCAAGAAUGCUGUCUGCUGUACUCUUUGACCGAGUUGUGCCAAAAAUAGCCUGCUUUGCACAGUUAUACACUUUACAUCACUUGGAGGUGAUGCAGACGUUUCUACUGACUUUCAUGGCAUACGACCGCUAUGUGGCUGUGGUUAAUCCCCUCAGAUAUCCCUCAAUCAUUACAAACAGAACUGUUGCAGCUUCAUUCGUACUGUCCAAUAUUUUAGGUUUAAUCGCUGUUAUACCAUUUGUAUUACUAGCUAGUGGUCUGCAUUUCUGUCGUACAAAUGUGGUGCCUUACUGCAUGUGUGACCAUGCCACAAUGGUUCGCAUUGCGUGUGUAGACUACAUCACUUACCUCAUUCCUGGCUCUACAGUGUGUGCGCUGUUCCUCUUAUUCCCUUUAGGCACCAUCAUUUUUUCAUACAGCAAGAUAGUUCAGGCUGUUCUGAAGAUCUCCUCAAAAGAAGGCAGAAGAAAAACAUUCAGCACGUGUCUUACACACUUGAUGGUUGUCGGCAUAUUUUAUAUUCCACUCUUCAUUGCUUAUGUCUUGCCAUCCACUGGAACAACUGCUGAAGAUUACAACGUUAUCGCCAUCAUUCCCUGCAUAAUACCGCCAAUGUUUAAUCCAGUUAUAUACAGCUUCAGAAACAAGGAGAUAAAGAAAGGCAUCAUAAAACUUGUAUGUAAAAGGAGAAUUGUUCCAGAAUCAAACAAACACUAA